GCUGUGUCUAUCAGUGCUGUGUGUGUCUGUGUGUGUGUCUGUGUGUGUGUCUCCCAGAGCGGUGAGGAUCACCCCUCGGUGCAGCGCUUGAAGCGCUACCUGGUUGCGUGUGGGGUGCGCUGUCACUACAGCAAGCUGCUUGGUGACUGCCACUCACGAUCGGCACGAAUUCGCAGGCUGCAGGAAGAGCUGCACCAAGCCGGGAUGACCGGGAAGCCCACACUGGAGAAGUGUCGGAGGCUGAAGGCAAAACGAGAGGAGGCAGCAGAGGUGGCGGAGCUGGACACUAGAAACAUCAUCCUCACCACUGGCCGCCCCAAGCGAACCAACGUGUGGAGUCUUUACAACGCCCCCUUCACCGCCACCGCCGCCACCACCACCAACAAAACGCAGCAGGAGGAUGAUGAUGAGGAUGAUGAUGAGGAUGAGGAGGAUGAUGAGCAGGAGCAGCUUCACGGCCACCUCCGGCAGUCCCCGCCGAAGCUGCGAGCGCUCCCCUCGGACGACGACGACGACGAUGACGACGACUCAGCGGCCGUGGCGGCCGCCGUGGCGACGGACGACGACUCAGCGGCAGCGGCGGCCGCCGUGGCGAUGGACGACGACUCAGCAGCAGCGGUGGCGGCCGCCGUGGCGACGGACGACGACUCGGCAGCAGCGGACGACGACAGCGACGACGACUCAGCAGCAGCAGCGGCCGUGACCGUGGCGACGGACGACGACUCGGCAGCAGCGGUGGCGGCCGCCGUGGCGACGGACGACGACUCGGCAGCAGCAGCAGCGGCCGUGGCGGCGACGGCAGCGGACGACGACUCAGCAGCAGCGGCGGCUGUGGCCGUGGCCGUGGCGACGGACGACGACUCGGCAGCAGCAGCGGCAGCGGUGACGGACGACGACUCGGCAGCAGCAGCGGCUGUGGCCGUGGCGACAGACGACGACUCAGCAGCAGCAGCAGCGGCAGCGGACGACGAUGACGACGAGUCAGCGGCAGCGGCCGUGGCAGCGGCCGUGGCGACGGACGACGACUCAGCAGCAGCAGCAGCAACCGUGGCGACGGACGACGACUCGGCAGCAGCAGCAGCAGCGGCGGCGGCGACGACGGACGACAACUCGGCGGCAGCGGCGGCCAGGAGAGGCCUGUCGGGCUGGGCCCGGCCCCGCGGGGUCGUCAGUGACGACGGGGACAGCGGUGGCGAUGACGAGUGACGUGAGGAGGAGGUGGUGGUGAGGAGGUGGUGAGGAGUGACGUGAGGAGGAGGUGGUGG